UCAUAUAUGCAUUGAUCAGGCUGUCCUAAAUGCACCAUUUGCAUCAGGUUGGAAACGAUGUGAUACUAUAUGCUAUUUUGCGAUCUGAUCUCCCUGUGGCCAAAGCAACUGUUAUCUCAACUAAUCCAAACACCGUGCUGGGAGGUCAGCCCCUUGGACGCCAAUUUUGUGAAGUAGUUGUGAAUGUUGUGCUGAAAAGGGAUGCAAUGUUGCCCCGUCCAUAUGCUGAUAUGGAGAUGAUGGCUGAUGCUCUAUCGAUGUCGAUUGCAUGGCCAUACAAGAAAAUGAAGAUGACCAGGAAGGCAUCAAAUCCUUGCCGUGGUAUUGCAAAAACAAUUACACCUGGCAGUGCAAGACGGUGCUAACUACCACUUUUGAGCUCCACACGGCAAACUACUACUAAACGCAUGGUUCUUGGCUUUUGGACUAUGAGGUGGCAAUGUAAAAUGGGAGCUUUUGGUUGAAAAUGUUUCAUUUUGUCUUUUGAGCAAGUAUGUAUAUAUGUUGGAUCACUCUGGUAUAUUUCUAGCUGAAUCUUAACUGUGUAAUAUGAGCUUUUGGUUCAAAAUAUAUGUGAUCGUGUUGAGGUGAUCGAUGUAUAUACAUUGUAUUAGUGAA